AUGAUAAUCAACUUUAUAAGUAUUCAUCUAUACUGCUAUGAAUGCAUUUCUUUCAAUAAUAUUCCCCUUCUCUUUGUUUAUUCUCUUUUAAUUCAGCGUUUAUUCACAGUUAUAUUAGAAGCUUAUGAUUUAGUGAAUCGUAAUGAGAAGUAUUUAAUUGAUCGAGCUAUACAUCGUGGUCUAUUACGUCCAUUAAUUUCUUCAAGGAAAUCAUUAAAUCUCUCCACAGAUUGGCAUCAAGUUACUAUAUCCACACAAUAUUCUGAUUAUACAUUUUGUAUUCAAUUAACAUGUGAAUGA